GCCUGGCCUGGGAUGGUAGAGGAGGGGCCUCAGUGUCUGCUUCCAGCAAGAGGGAACGUUUGAGGAGGGAGGUCUCUAGAAGAGGGAGUGGCCCUCUACUUAGGACACGCACUAGAGGGCUGACCUUCCAGUCUCGUGGGUAGAAAUAGCUCUGCCUCAUCAGAGGUGCAGAGAGCUUGCGUCCAGGAUUCUCUCGGGGGAGGCUCUGCAGGCCUCUCUGACCCUACUUCUAUCUAUCUGCCUAUAGCCCUCGGCGUUGCUGACGCCCCCAAUGUCGUCGAGCAGCCGGGGACCGGGGGCCGGAGCGCGCCGACGCCGAACCCGCUGCCGCCGCUGCCGGGCCUGUGUGCGAACUGAGUGCGGGGACUGCCAUUUCUGCCGAGACAUGAAGAAGUUCGGGGGGCCCGGGCGCAUGAAGCAGUCGUGCCUGCUUCGGCAGUGCACUGCGCCCGUGCUCCCACACACAGCUGUCUGUCUCCUGUGUGGGGAAGCUGGGAAGGAGGAUACGGUGGAUGGAGAGGAGGAGAAGUUUACUUUGAGUCUCAUGGAGUGUACAAUCUGCAACGAGAUCGUCCACCCUGGCUGCCUGAAGAUGGGAAAGGCUGAGGGGGUUAUCAACUCAGAGAUCCCCAACUGCUGGGAGUGCCCGCGCUGUACGCAGGAAGGACGGACAAGCAAGGAUGCAGGUGAGGGUCCAGGGCGCCGUAAGGCUGACAAUGGUGAGGAAGGCGCUAACCUAGGGGGUGGAUGGAAGCUGACUGAGGAGCCACCACCUCCACCUCUGCCCAGAAGAAAGGGACCCUUACCUGCUGGCCCUACCCCUGACGAUGUGUCUGGGCCCCCCAAACGGAAGGAGAGGGAGGCGGGGAAUGAGACCCCCACCCCAAGGAAAAAGGUGAAAGGAGGCCGAGAGAGGCACUUGAAGAAGGUGGGUGGAGAUGCCUGCCUCCUCCGAGGAACGGACCCAGGCAGCCCCGGCCUUCUGCCCCCCAGGGUUCUGAAUCCGAGCCAGGCAUUCUCAUCCUGCCACCCUGGGCUCCCUCCCGAGAACUGGGAGAAACCCAAGCCACCUAUGGCGUCUGCUGAGGGCCCGGCAGUGCCAGCCCCAUCACCACAGAGGGAGAAACUGGAGCGUUUCAAGCGUAUGUGCCAGCUGCUGGAGCGGGUGCCUGAUACCUCUUCUUCCUCCUCGGACUCAGACUCGGACUCAGACUCAUCUGGCACAUCGCUUAGUGAGGACGAAGCUCCUGGGGAGGCCCGGAAUGGGCGUCGGCCAGCCCGGGGCAGCUCUGGCGAGAAGGAGAACCGUGGGGGGCGGCGGGCUAUACGCCCUGGCAGUGGGGGACCACUGCUCAGUUGGCCCCUGGGCCCUGCCCCACCACCACGACCUCCACAGUUGGAGCGGCACGUGGUACGGCCCCCACCUCGAAGCCCCGAGCCUGACACUCUGCCUUUGGCUGCUGGAUCCGACCACCCCCUGCCUCGGGCUGCUUGGCUCCGUGUCUUCCAGCACCUUGGACCCCGAGAGCUGUGUGUCUGCAUGCGAGUCUGCCGGACUUGGAGCCGCUGGUGCUAUGACAAGCGUCUGUGGCCUCGGAUGGACCUAAGCCGGAGAAAGUCGCUGACCCCACCCAUGCUUAGUGGGGUGGUUCGCCGCCAGCCACGUGCUCUGGACCUCAGCUGGACAGGUGUCUCCAAAAAGCAACUCAUGUGGCUUCUGAACCGACUGCAAGGCUUGCAGGAGUUGGUGCUUUCUGGGUGCUCCUGGCUCUCCGUCUCUGCCCUGGGCUCCGCCCCACUGCCCGCACUGCGGCUCUUGGACCUUCGCUGGAUUGAAGAUAUUAAAGACUCCCAGCUUCGUGAGCUGCUGCUGCCUCCACCAGACACCAAACCAGGGCAAACCGAGAGCAGAGGCCGACUGCAGGGGGUGGCAGAACUUCGCCUGGCGGGCCUGGAGCUCACUGAUGCCUCCCUGAGGCUCCUAUUGCGCCAUGCUCCCCAGCUCAGUACUCUUGACUUGAGUUAUGGUGCCCAUGUUGGAGACCCCAGUGUCUAUCUCAUUACAGCGCCCAUGUCCCCUCUCCAGGAAACACUGAUGCACCUCAAUCUUGCUGGGUGCCACCGCCUCACGGACCACUGCCUUCCACUGUUCCGUCGCUGCCCACGUCUUCGCCGCCUGGACCUACGCUCCUGCCGCCAGCUCUCACCGGAAGCUUGUGCCCGUCUGGCAGCUGCUGGGCCCCCUGGCUCCUUUCAUUGCCCAGAGUAG